GGUGGUGGCAGUGGUGGCGGUGGUAGCGGUUAGUGAUUGCUCAAGGAAUCGAAAAGACGACGAGCCAAUGGAAUCUUUAGAAGGCCGCGACCAGCUUUGGGGUGAGGUAUUAGGUAUUGGGGAUUAGUUGGGCAGGUCUGCGACCUCAGCCCGACCACCAAGGUCAGCGGGGCGAAGACAUCAUCAAGACCAUCAAUAUAUCACCAUUCUGCAUCACUCUUAUCAUCACUUGCGCUUUGCUCCUCAGAUUCACAGACUCGCAAAAUGUGGCUUCUCAACGUCAAAACACUUGAGCUGGAGGAAUUUGUUGGCGACAAUAUCCCGGACUACGUCAUCCUCUCGCACCGCUGGGGCUCGGACGAGGUGUCAUUCGUUGAUAUGAAGAAGCCAAAGUACCGAGAGCCCGCUAAGCAUAAGGCCGGCUUCGCCAAGAUCGAGAGAUGCUGCCUGCAAGCUCAGAGUGACGGAUACGCGUGGGCAUGGGUUGAUUCCUGCUGCAUCGACAAGCGCAGUAGCGCCGAGCUCUCGGAGGCCAUAAACUCCAUGUUUCAGUGGUACCAACGUUCCAGCCGUUGUUACGUCUAUCUUUCCGACGUUCCCAGUGGAAGCGAGGCCCUUCCGAUGUUGAGGAAGAGCGGAUGGUUUACACGGGGCUGGACUCUCCAGGAAUUGCUAGCGCCUGAGACAAUCGUUUUUUUCGCACACGACUGGAUUGCCAUCGGCUACAAGGAGAGCCGGAGAAGACACGAAAACAGGCGGGUUUCCAGUCUCAGGGGCGUUGAGUGGGACGGCCGAUUUCUAUGCCCCAACCUUGCGGUUGAACUGUCAGGGAUAACGGGCAUCCCCACGGAAUUUCUGGUGGGGGAUCAAGAUCUCGGGCAAGCAUGUGUAGCACAACGCAUGUUCUGGGCUUCUUACCGAGAAACGACAAGAGCGGAAGACCGCGCUUACAGUCUGAUGGGCUUGUUUAAUGUCAACAUGCCUAUCCUCUACGGAGAGGGUUUGGAGAAAGCCUUCACCAGACUGCAGCGCGAGAUAAUGAGCAAGACGCCCGACCAGAGCAUCUUUGCAUGGUACCGUUCAGAUGCAACUUCUUACCGCUUGUUGGCAGAGUCACCCGAUUGUUUUCGAAAUUCGGGUACGGUAACGCUAGGGCCGAGAGGAUCGCCCUCACCGAGGAUAACGCCGAAGUGGUCCUCAUUUUCCAUGACGAACCUUGGGUUACGUGUUACACUGCCAAUCACCCCGAUUCGAGGCAGCGACGCAUUUAGCCCGGGAGACGGCACAUUGGCUGUGUUGAAUUGCCUUUUCAGCGAGGAUAACGGCACUCGACGGAAUAUCGGUCUUAAUAUCCUUUUUCUAGAUCGCGACUUGGAAGAGUGCCCCAUCUUCGUGUGUGAUAGGCCUUGCAGAUGGACCUUAAUUGGGGGGGAGAUGCGUCCCAUGGACAUGCUCUUGUGCGGAAACGACUACAUCUCGGAUCUGCCAAAGAAGAAGAUCGCCACGCAGGCCGGUAUCCCGGAACCCAGAAGUAUUGAGUCUCAGCUUCUGCACAUACUCGCCGAUGAGACGGGCUUCAGUCGUGACGAUAUAACAGACGAACAUGUUCUCACUGAUCUAGGCGUUGACUCGCUUAUGAGGAUCAUAAUCGUUGCCAGAAUCCGCAACGAGAUGCAGUUGGACCUAGGCAUUAGGCUCUUAACUGGUGACCCAUCCAUUAGAGCUAUCAAGCGUUAUCUCGGUAUGGUGCCAUACGUCGUAGGGUGAGCCCUGACUGUAUCCAAUCCAGUUCCCCGUUGAGGUUUUACCCGCUCCCGGAAACCGAAAAGGCUCUCACCGUUACGAUAGUCUUCACCGGCCGGGGAGUCCAGUGGCCCGGAAUGGCCAAGGAGCUCAUGGACGACUACCC